AUGUUGCACAGUUCAUUACCACGGGCAUUCCUCGCCCCUGGAUUGAAUUAUCUGGGUUACUACGGUGACGAGAUCCAUCAGCAUUCAUACGGUACCACUUGGCACAUUCCAAUGGAGAAUCCCCCGACCUAUUCAAGGGUCCCUGAUCAUCAAAUUCUUCAAACCUGGGAUCUGUCCAGAUCGUCCACGCCAUGUCCACUCGACUUAUCUCUGAAACCACCGCCUACACCAAGCACACCCAAGACCGAAGAUUCGAUCGUAAUAACAGAUUUGAAGAAGGAUCACAGAACAUUGGAUGAAGCGAAUAAAGAAUCGGAAAAUUGCAGAUAUGGAAGGAACAGCGACGAAUCAAGUCCCCUUAUAGUCGACGAUUUUGACACCGUACCUCGAAGCUCCUCGGUGCACAGUCAUUCGAGCUACGAGCAAGUUCUGUCCAAGAAAGAGCCUUUGCAAGCUCAAGAAUUGACGGUCAAAGCUUGCACCUUCGAAGAAGCCACUCGUUUGGCUCCCUUUGGCUCGACCAACGAAAUUUCCUCCAAAUAUUAUGCGCACAAUCAAAAACUUUUGUUAACCAGCCCCAACCAUCUGCAGUCGGCAGUGCAAGGCUACCAUCAACAACUUUUGCUGACUCCACAGCAUCACUUGCAGGGAAUGCAGCACGCGCCUAUGACUCCACCUAGCACACCAUCGCCUCCGCAGUGUCCCAGAAGAAAAGCCAGGGAAGAAGAUUCGAGUCCAGCUUCGACGACCAGCAAUACCGGCCUGUCUAACGGAUCCAGAUCAGGAUCGAGUGAAAAACUUCUCCAGAGGCCGAAGAAGAAGCACGCCAGAAGGCUGAAGUUUGACGAGGACACCAGCAGCCCUGUAUCGGGCACUGUGAUUCUGGGCCCGGACGAGGCGGUGGUCACUGGAGACAUUGAUCCGGCCUUCAACAUCGUUGAAGUCACCGAGGAGGCGCGAGCGGAACUGGCCAAGAUCGAGAACAGGCUCGGCCCAUAUCAAUGCAAGCUCUGCAGGCAAUUGCACGAGGACGCGUUCCAAUUGGCCCAGCACAGAUGCUCGAGGAUAGCCCAUGUCGAGUAUAGAUGCCCCGAAUGCGACAAGAGGUUCUCCUGUCCGGCCAACUUGGCAUCGCAUCGACGCUGGCAUAAACCUAGAUUGGCUAAUGGCGAACAUUCCUCUUCCACGGCAAGUAUUGAGAUACCGUGCACCAGGUGCGACGCCAAGUUCACCAGGCAGGCAGCGUUGAGGAAACAUUUGGCCAGCCAGCAUCCAGAGGCAAAUAACAACAACAACAAUAACAACAACAUUAUUUUGGACACGCAAGGAGCUGCUGUUGGUAAGACUGAUGUUGUUCAGGUGGUUAAUGAUGGUUCGUUGAACACCGAGAUACCCUGA